ACAAGACUUUCUGACAUGCAUUGUGUAAACGAAGCUGUUAAAAUAGAAGAGGUGAAGUAUGGCAAAUAUGCCGACGAUAUAGCGAUUAUUACACAGGGGAAAAACAAUGAACAAACCACGAUAAGAAUAGAAGAGGGUAUAUCGCAGUUAGGUGACUUCCUGAAAGAUAGAAAACUCGAGUUAUCCAUCGAUAUGACAAAGACACUAUUCUUUGGACAACAAACACCACAGUCAAAUAUUAUGGAACUUAUGAUGAAAACAAGGAAAAGAUUAAGUAUUGUAAAUUACCUAUGUCACAGGGAAAGAGGAAUAAAACAGAACCAGGCUUUGAUGAUGGCCAGAGCAUUGAUCACCUCGGUUAUGGAAUAUGGAGCAGCGAUUUACAUGAACUCAAGAAAACAAAUAUAUUUGCAAGAAGAACUCAGGAAAUUGGAAUCGAAAGCGAUUAGAACGGCGAUGGGUUAUAGGAUGUCCACACCGUUGAACGUAAUGUACCCAGAGGCAGGAUGGAUAGGGCAUAAAGACAGAGCACUCUUUCUGGCAUGUAAAUAUUGGAUCGGGCAAUUAGAGAAAGGACGGGAUAAGAAAGGGCAACGUGAACAUUACAAACAACCUUUCGAAGGAAGCUUUCAAAACACAAAUAUAAAAAUGUAGAUAUACAAAUAUAAAAAUAUGAUAUUCGAAAGAGACCUGACAAGUGAAAGGAUCGACUAUUGGAAGUAGUUCUUCAACAUAGAACAACAACAUAUUGGAAAUAAAGGAUUAAUCCUGGAUACAACGACAGAUGGGAGUAAAAUACCGAAACAUAUUUCAAACGGUAUAGGAAUAAUAACGAUGCACAAUAAUUCGGUAGAGAUCGAAGGAAAAGCGAUAAAUAAUAAGUUCACGAUAUUCACGACCUAGCUGAUAGGUAUAAACAUAGUACUGAGAAAAUUCUUGAACAACGGACAGAGUUCAAACUGCCUCGUCUUAACGGACUCAAUGUCGGUGAUAGAGGCACUAAGGAAUAUAGAAACCAAUUAUAACGAGUCAAGAGAUAAUCCAUGGAUCAUCGAAACCUGGAAGUUAGGGAAAGAAGAAAGACCAGGUAAAAUGGUAAUAGGAUGGAUUCCAAGACACAUAGGUAUAAACGGCAACGAAUUAGCUGACCAGGAAGCCAAAAGACAAACGGUAAAAAUCUCGGAUGGAAGCUACAAAGUGCCAGCGAAGGAAGUUGUUACAGAACUCAGGCAGAGUUUUUGGAAUAAAUUCAAAAAAAAAAUGGUCGACAUAGGAAGGGAGAAAGGAAUUCUCUUCAUGAAUGAAAUCGGACUAGAACACGGAAGAACAAAAUACAGGCCCUGGUUCCAGAAAUUGAAAAAUGAUCUGAGCAGAGAAACGAUAAGAACUAUCUCUAGAAUUAGAUGCAACCACUAUAACCUGAAGGCGUCCUUAGCAAGGAAGUACAUAAUUGACAACCCUAUGUGCGACUGCGGACAGGAGGAAGAAGACAUAGAUCACGUCAUGUUCGAGUGCGGACUGUAUAAUCUAGAAAGAGAACUGUUAUGGGAGAAACUAGGAUCAGACAUAGACGAAGUAGGAAGAACGACGCUAGGGUUAAUCAGACUUAACAAACGUAGAAUUCUCAAAACGAUAGACAAAUUCCUUAAAACGAUAGGGAAGAAACUAUGACUUUAAAGACUGAGAAACGUUAGGGAUAAAAAGACUGAUUAAAACCAUAUGGUAGGUGCAAUGAUAAGUAACGUACAAAUAGUGAUAUUAGCGAAUAACAAAAUAGAGUAAAAUAUACGAGACGUACCGACGAGAUAGUAAGGGAAAAAAAUUAGAAGUAGAGAUACGAAAGAAAGGUAACACAAAACAUGCCCGAAAUGAACAUAGAACAGAAAACCUAGUGACCUGUUAUAUUAUAAAUAGGUUAAGAAAGAUAAAAGUAAAAUUAUAUAUAUUUUUAUAUAUUAUUCAUAUAUUUAAAGUAUAUUCUUUACAUUAUCCUUUUGUUGUUAAUAGUACAAAGAAAACCAAAAAGUAUUACAAGAUGUAAGACUUAGAACAUAAGUAUAGACAUAAGAUGUUACAAAGAGAAAAAUGAUAUAUAUUUUUUGAUAAUAUAAAAAAAAAAAAAACUAUAUACAAUGUUUUCAUAUACGAGUAUAAACAGAAUACAGUACAUAAUAGUCUGAGAUCUUACGCAAGUUCGACUUACAAUAUUUAAUUGUAACAACCCCAAACUUGUUCCCACUUAGAGUAAGAAGUGUAAAAUGUAAAAAGAAAUAAGAAAAAUACCUGUGAUCCCAUUAAUUUAUAGGCAAAAGUGCGUAGACAAUGAUAAGAUAAUCUUAACACAAAUGUAUUAAUAGUUAAUGUAAUAUGUAGCUGCGAGGUAAAGUAAAGAAUAUCAAUGUUAUAAGACCGGGAGAAUGAACGAUCUGUAAGAAAAGAAAGAAUGAGUAUAAAUAUCGAGCGAAGCAUGAAUGCAGUUUAAAGUCAAAUAUUCAGAGUUUGCUGAGGAAUGAGAGUAGAAUCUAAAAGAACAUUGUUACUGGAAUGGGAGAGCGAAAGAAAAAUAUUAAUGAAUAAUAUUGUUAAUUUAAAAAAAAAAAAAAAAGAAAAACAUUUAGUGAGUCAGGUAUAAUAAAUAAUUGCACGCAAGGAAAUGAGUGGAUUUAAAAGACUGUUAGAAUGGAAGGAUGACAGUAGAUAAAAUCGGAAGAAAAGUAAAAUGUCAAGCGCAAAGGAGUGCGCUUGUAAGUGAGAAAAGCUAGAUUUGGACAACGCGCGCGGAAUGGUAGACAGAAGUGCGAAUGGCAUGGAAGGAUGCGAGUUGACCAAUUAAUAGGCGAUAAGUAAAAGAUGGCGCAGCACAUAGUAGUGAAACAAGGGAUGUAAUUAUACCUUACCACUGUAAUAAAGACGCAAAAUACGCAAAUACGUGACUAAAGGGCCAUCUGUCCCUCUAUCUCCGGAAACAUUUUGGUAGAUAAAGAGACAUAGUGUGCCCUCUUUAAUUUUUCCUUUGUUAUUUUGUUAUUUCUUAACGGUCGUUUAGUCGUUAGCUGGUCGCCAUACGACCUAAACGGUAUGCAGCGAUGCGCAUUAUGAAAUGUGCGUUAGUGUUGCGGACUUUUCUAUUAUACUAUUUCCAUUUCCAUUUUCAUUUCUUAAUUAAAGUUAUAUUAAACAAUCAUAAUACUGUGGCGUGUGUUAUUCAGAAGAGUCACAUCAACCUAAUAAAAAUCAAAUACAAUACAAAUACAGUAUUGUCUCGAAAUAAGCAACUACUUUCUGUCUCGAUAUAAGCAACUCGCUAUCCCCACCUUUUUAUUUGAAGACGCCCGCCGAGUGAGAGAUCCGACAAGAAGCGAGAGGCACGUGAAAGGG